AUGGGCGCCCUGGCGCUCACCGGCUCGGAGGCCUUCACCGCGGGCGCGGGCGCGCCGGGGCUGCGCGGCGCGGUGCAGGCGGCGCAGUCCACAGCCUCCACAGCCUCCGCCCCGUCCGCCGCGGGCGCGUCCUCCGUGCUGCCUCUGGCAGCGGCGGGCGCGGUGGCCGCCGUGGCUGGCCGCGCAGGCCGCAAGACACGCAGCUCGGUGCUGCCCACCUUUGUGCCGGUGAAGGAGAGCUCCGUGACACGUCGCGCCUUGGACCAGUCCAGCCGCUAUGCGGACCUGUCCCUGGAUGAGGCGACUCUCAUCAAGAAUGGCAAGCACGUGCUGGUGGCCUACAUCAUGAAGCCCAAGGCCGGCUACGACUACCUGGCCACGGCUGCGCACUUUGCCGCAGAGUCCUCCACGGGCACCAACGUGAACGUGUGCACUACUGAUGACUUCACAAAGUCGGUGGAUGCCCUGGUGUACUACAUUGACCCGGACAAUGAGGAGAUGAAGAUUGCCUACCCGAACCUGCUCUUCGACCGCAACAUCAUUGAUGGCCGUGGCAUGAUGUGCUCCUUCCUCACCCUGGCCAUUGGCAACAAUCAGGGCAGCCUGUUGGCACCUAGUGGGAAUGUUUUUGCAUGA